GGGAUACAAGCACAAAUUCUCUCUGCAAAUUUGUAAGGAAGAGAUUAUUUCGCGUGUUUCGUUUAUUUCGUUGAAGAAUAUUCGCAAUGGAUCCGACAAGAGGACAAGGAGGCAUUCAGAUGCUCCUUACUGCAGAGCAAGAAGCUCAACAAAUUGUCACAGCUGCUCGAAACUUGAAAAUGUCGAGGCUGAGGCAAGCGAAGGAAGAAGCCGAGACAGAAGUGGCUAAGUACCGGUCCCACAUGGAAUCCGAGUACCAAAAGAGUAUUUCUGAGUCUUCCGGGAGCUCUGACUCAACGGUGAAAAGGCUCGAGACAGAAACCGAAGCAAAGAUCCAAAGCUUGAAGGAAACAUCCACGAAAGUCUCUCCCGAUGUCGUCAAAAUGCUCGUCAAGUACAUCACAACCGUGUGACUAAAAAAUCAUAUCACAAGGUUGAAGCAAUAAAACUUUCAUCAAUAAAAGGCAGAAGAUUUAUAUGCAGAUCACAGAGUCAUUGAUCUUCAAUUUAUAUACUAUUUACAAUAUAAUCAACUAGUUAUAUGUGUACACAUUUAUUUAUAUGUUAUUUAUGAUAAUUUUGAUAUUUCUUGCAAUGUAUGAAUUGGAGGAAUCUAAGCUACUAUUUUGACAAUUCUACGAAAAAU